AUGGAUGUCGAAGAUUCAACCCCCGUCCCCGAACGCAAACAGCGCAAAUCCGUUGCCUUUACAGACGAGCAAGUAGUCGUCGACGCCGACGGCUCAGUCACGAUGGUCAACGCCACCGAGGAAUCCAAGGAGACAGCCCAGUCGCACACGCCCCCUGGAGCCGAAGAUGCGACGGUCCCUAUCCCCGAUGCUGCUGAAGAUGGCGGUCUCGACCUUUCGAUGAAGAAAAAGAAGAAGAAGAAGGUCCCCAAGGAAGGUGGUGACGCCGCCGAGGAGGCCGCCGCUGGCGAGGACGGUGGUUUGGACCUGACGAUGAAGAAAAAGAAGAAGAAGCCUAAGGCCGCCGAGGAGGGCGAGGAGGACGAGUUUGCCGCAAAGCUCAAGGCACUUCAGCUCGAGGGCAAGGAGGAAGGUGCCGAGGCCGAGGGUGCCGUCGACGAUGGCGACAUGGACCAAGGCACCGGCAUCUGGCAGCAUGACGAGACCAAGGCCCUCAGCUACAGUCUGCUACUAAACCGCUUCUUCCAUCAACUGUCCCAGAAGAACCCCGACCACGCCCUCAGCGGCUCCAAGAGCUACAAGAUCCCGCCGCCGCAGUGCAUGCGCGAAGGCAACAAGAAGACCAUCUUUGCCAACAUUGCCGAGAUUUGCAAGCGCAUGAAGAGAACCGAGGAGCACGUCACGGCCUACCUCUUCUCCGAGUUGGGUACCAGUGGUUCCGUCGACGGCAGCAGACGCCUUGUUAUCAAGGGUCGUUUCCAGCAGAAGCAGCUCGAGAACGUGCUGCGCAAGUACAUCAUCGAGUACGUCACCUGCAAGACCUGCAAAUCCGCCGAUACCGAGCUGUCCAAGGGAGAGAACCGUCUGUACUUUAUUACGUGCAACUCCUGCGGUUCGAGACGUUCCGUCACCGCCAUCAAGACCGGUUUCUCCGCCCAGAUCGGAAAGAGAAGAAAGAUGCAGGGUUAA